UGCUCAAAUGGAACCAUGGGAGCAUGUCAAAUAGAGGACAACUGUGAAGUAGAUACUAUUGUAAAUGACCUUGAACCCGGAAAGUUUUAUUCACAAGGAAAUGUUCAUGAGUUUAUGAAACUUAUUUAUAAAGCAACAGGCAAGACCAAUGCUAAGGUUAUGUACAUUGGUGAUAGCCUGAGGUCUGACAUUUUUCCUCCAUCGCAUUAUGCUAAUUGGACAACGGUGGCAAUCUUGGAAGAAAUGGAAAUAGAAGGCAUGAUGGAAUACAGUAUUGAUGGUGAUAAUGAUGAGCCUAGUUCAAAGAAAUGCAAAAUAAUAGAGCCAAAUGCACUGGAGCGUGACAUAAUUCUUUCAGAGCAAUGGGGAUCGUUUUUUGUGGACAAGAAAACAACAGGAGCAAGUAUCCACAGUGACCACGAGGGUUUUGUUGCUAUGAACACCCUGUGGGGUUGGUUCAUCAAGACCUAUGCUACCUUUGCUCUCCCUCAACUUGACUAUAUUUCAGAACUACCUCUUGAUCACAAGUUCCACACCUUCUCUCAUCCGGACACAAAGUUUGGCGGUUUCUACCCGUGUAUACCAAAGCCAUUGGGGAAAUUCUUGUAGUAAAAUGAAUCAACAUAAUUUGAUGCAAUGUUUAAAUACUACUUCUAGUUAAUUUAAGGCCGUAAAUUUUAUUGAAAAUUAUUAUUCUAUUUAGAGCAGUUGAUGUAGUGAUUGUUAAUAAGUUUCCCGACCUUCAGACUGCUGAACUAUCCUCCAUUCCGGACACGUUAGAGAAUUCUUGUAAAAAUGCAGGGACGCUGAGAGUGGCCAUGGAUUCUGGGCAGCUUUACAGCUCAGGCCAAUUGGCUGGGGGUCUGAGGGAAGCUAUGGUAUUUUAAUGGACUAGAGGAUUAAUUUAAACAAUAAGAUUGUUUAAUUUCACCAGGUCAUGAAUAGAAACAUGAAAGUAUAAGCUGUCUUUCUUUUUAUUCAAACGUAGAGUUGAAAAAUUCAUAAGCAAUUAAAGUUUAAUAUAUUAAUUCAGUAUUAAUUUGACAUUCGAAGCUCAAUCAAGUCAAUUCGUAUUCUCUAACUUGUAUGAAUAUUGACGAUGUCCAGGGUCUAAGCAUUUAAUAAUUAUUCAUACUGAAUGGAUGUAUGCGUUUAAUAAUAUUUAUUUUAUUAAAAAAAAUAAGUUGUAACCAAUCUUCCUCGGCCUCUUGGCACCACUAGUAAAAUGAAUCAACAUAAUAGAUGCAGUGUUUAAAAUACUACUUGUAGUUAAUUUGAGGUGUAAAAUUUAUUGAAAACUAUUUUAUUUAAAGUAGUUGAUGCAGUUAUUGUGAAAAGUUUCCUGACCUUCAGGUCAGACUGGGGCUCUAUUUCCACUCUGGACACAUGCAAUUUUCUUGGAGAAAGCACUUUAUCGAUGCCAAUUUUUCAUUAUAUUCAGGAAUGUAAGUGGGUAUUGGUAAGUUUUAAUGUUAGCAAGCUAAUUUUUUAGCUACUUUGUAAAACAACUACCUGGGGGAGUAGUAUUGUUUGCUUGUUUAUUGAUGAUCCAGUGACUACAAUUUGAAGCCCCCAGAUGUUUUGCAACAUUUCAUUCUCCAGGAAGCAUAUAUACUUUCAGGAUGUGUAUUCUUAUUUUCCAUUUUAAGGGUGGCGAUGUAGCUUGGUGACACAGGUUUCUGGCCUUACUAAUCCCAGGUACUGGGUUCAAAUCCUUAGACAGAGCAGGGUUUAUUCUCAUGACUAGAAAUAUCUCCACUCCCUAAGCCCAUAAGUAAUGUGACUCAGUUUAUGAAGAAAUAUAUUAUUGCAUUUCUUUAAGAGGGCCCAUGAAAUUCAGCUGAACUUCGGGGCAAAGCUUGAAGGGUCAUCUUCUAAAAAUAUUGUAUUAAGAAAUAUAUAUAUAAAAAAUCAAGUUUGCAGUACUUUCGUACUCCUAAUUACCUCAUUGUUAGUGCCCUCAUUUCAUAAAUGAUUAUAAUACUUUAUACACUGAAAACAAUUUUUUUUUUUUUUUUUUUUGCAAACUUUGUAUAUAUAAUGAUUAUGUUAUAUUUUCAUUUUAUUUCGGAUGUGUAACUUUUGAUUUUAAUAAUGUAAUGGGCUAUCAAUGAACGCAAUUUUAAGGUUUUCUCAUGGCCAUGAAAGAAAAGCAUGUAUUCUACUAAUCUGUGCUUCGUGAAUAAAGAUUAACUCUACUACUUA